AUGGAGAUUAUAGAAGAGGCGCCUUCGGCGGCAUCCUCCCCUCCAAAAAGUCCACGGCGCAACCCUCAAGCUCCUCCAAGUUCUAGCCGUAGGAAACAAUUCGCAGUGUCCACCAAAUGGGAGUCAGAAGCUGCAGCCAACGGUGGAACCAUCAAGGACUUUCAUCGGUUCUUUUGCUGCUGCGCCGAGCGACUGGGAAAUAUGUUUGUCUUUUGCAAACGACCGGAUGGGUCACCGAUAGUCAUUGCUGGUCCAUGUUGGCCAUUUUGCUGUUUUGUCACGGUUCCCAUGAUACUGGGGGCUUGCGGAUCAGUUUCCUAUUGGCUCAUUAUUCGGGAGAAUUCGGCUCUUCCGCUGUGGGUCUCGUACAUAUACUUUCCGGUUCUUGGAUGUGUGUUGGCGGCUCUAUUCUGUGUCAGUUGUACCGAUCCCGGAUUGAUGGAACGCGUCACGGAUGAAGAAGCAGGGGAAGGGGGGUGGUUCUGGAACGAACAAGUUGGGAGUUAUCGGCCACCGGGUGCUCUAUAUUGUAGAGAAUGUGGUGUUCUGAUACAAGACUAUGAUCACUUAUGUGUAUGUAUUUAG